AUGGAAAAUCGCAAUGAGCAUUUCCGUCAUAUUUUGCUUUUUUACUUUCGCAGAGGAUUAAAUGCAUCUCAAGCUUACAUUAAUCUAUGCGAAGUGUAUGGGGAUGAGGCCCUAAAAGAAAGGCAAUGUCAAAACUGGUUUUCUAAAUUUCGUGCUGGCGAUUUUUCUCUUAAGGAUGAGCAGCGUACAGGGCGACCAAUUGAAAUUGAUGACGACCAAAUUAAAGCAAUUAUUGAUUCAAGUCCUAAUAGUUCAACGCGAGAGAUUGCCGAAAAGUUAAAUGUUUCUCAUACGUGUAUUGAAAAGCGUUUAAAAAAAUUAGGAUACGAAAGAAGACUUGAUUCAUCACUUUAA